CACACUCAGACACACAUACCGAAGCACCAUGGAUAACGAUGGACUGUCGAACGAACAGACGGAGAAGGUCCUACAGUUUCAGGACAUAACCGGGCUGGAUGAUAUGAACGUCUGCCGCGACAUACUGAUCCGCCACCAGUGGGACCUGGAGGUGGCAUUCCAGGAACAUUUAAACAUACGCGAAGGCCGCCCAUCCGCAUACGCGACCGAAUCACGAGCGCCCGCUGUCAUAAACGAUCGGUUUCUGCAGCACGUCUUCUCCAGCGCACGGAUAAGCCCGGCCCGGGAACCGAGCGGUUUCGGUGGCAUUAUACGGUACAUGUUUAACUACAUGGUUAACUUCUGGUACAGUGCGUUUUCCUCCGUACUGUCCACGAUACUGGGACUGUUCCGGGACCAGGAAAGCAUUCCGGCCGAUCCGCUUGGCGAUGUGCUGAAGUUUAUCCAGACGUACAACGAAAAGUAUCCGGAACAUCCGGUCUUCUACCAGGGCACAUACUCGCAGGCACUGAAUGAUGCGAAAAACGAGCUACGGUUCCUGCUAGUUUAUCUGCAUUCCGAGUCGACGUCCGAGGCGGUCGCAUUCUGUCGCGGUGCCAUGUCGAACGCGCAAGUGAUCGAGUACGUCAAUCGGCGGAUGUUGUUCUGGGCGUGUGAUAUGGCGUCGCACGAGGGUAAGCGGGUCGCGACUGCAAUCAGUGUCCGCACCCAUCCGACGUUGAUCAUUAUAGGGAUGCGAGCGAACAAGAUGAUCAUUAUGGGCCGGUUAGAAGGUGACUGCACGUCGGAGGAGCUUAUCCGCCGGAUGGACACGGUGGUGAAUGAUAAUGAGGUGUGGCUAAACCAGGCCCGUCAGGAUCGGUUGGAACGGGACCUUACACAGACGCUCCGCCAGCAGCAGGACGAAGCGUACCAGCGAUCGUUGCAGGCGGACCAGGAAAAGCAGCGCCGGAAGCAACAGGAGCGGGAGGAAGCGAUGCGAGUUCAGGCAGCGAUCGAGGCGGAACAGUUGGCCGAACAGCAGCGCAAGGAGGACAUCGAACGGUUAAAGCUCGAUCUGGCGGAACAAGUGCCUUCGGAGCCGGAAGUGGGUGCGCCCGACACGAUCAGCAUAGUUUUUAAACUGCCCAGCGGAUUGCGAUUAGAGAGACGAUUUCGUAAUACCGAUACAAUGAGAGAUAUUUACAACUUUAUUUUCUGUCAUCCGGAUGCGCCCGAUUCGUUCGAAGUAACGACCAACUUCCCGAAGCGCGUGCUCGACUGUUCCGGUGACGAGCCCGGCCAAACGCUUGUACUGUCCGGGCUGAAAAAUCGCGAAGUACUGUUCGUGGCCGAUCUGGAGGCGUAG